AUGGCCGGCAAAGGAAGGUGCUGCCCGGUCACCCUCGACUCUGCUUCGGAUUCCUCGGGGACGACUUGUACAUUUGAUGAAGCCUGCGUUUGUGCCAACUCCUCUCAUGUCAGGGAGCUGGUGAACGUCAGCCUUGAAGGGCAGCCUUGCUAUGCCUGCGAGCCAGAGAGGCUUCCUGCAUGUACUGAGGCAUCCGACCAAUGCACACCAGAAGCCUGCGAGUGCGGCAAUUCCAUGACACAUGUCAGGCAGAAUGCCACCACAGUUGAUGGCGCUCUUUGCUUCUAUUGCGAGCCCCGGAAUGGUUCCUGGCAGUUCGGGCGGAAUGAGGCCAUAGUCGUAGGCAUCCUGAUUCUGAUGCUGGUGCUUUGGAUCUCUGGCCGCCGGCACGCUACAAGCGCGCGUAGCACGCUGCGCCUCCCACGUCGGCAGGGGGAUCGCCACCGAGCCAUCCGUGUUCAGCAGGAGCCGCUGAGGUUCUACGAGGAGAUCUUGCUGACGGUUGGCGACGCCUUUGAUGCCUUGGUGGAUGGCGCAUGGUCGCUGGUCGCCUGGACUUGGACCAAGCGAGGUGAGCCAACGUCCCACAACAUUUACAGUAUCAUAUCGCCCAUAUCGCGGAGCUUCCAUCAGACCUUCCUAGGGAUCUGGCCUUGGUCCUGGCAGCGGCUUGGAGCCCGGCAAGGGCAGCACAACUUGGUAGAGGCCCUACUGAAAAGCCGCGUGGAGGCGAAUGCCGCGGACCCACACGGGGGCAGCGCGUUGCUGCGAGCUGUGGAGUCAGGUGGCGUGCAAGCACGGCCGACGAUUGAAGCGCUGCUGACUGCGAAGGCUAACCCGUGCCAGGACAACGGCGCAGGUGAGUCGGCAUUGGCCUCGGCGUCAUCCAAUGGUCCGGCAGAACUCUUGAAAGCUUUGCUGGCGGCAGCCGUUCACGUUCCCAGCCCCGCAGCCCUGUCAGCAGCCUUGGCUGCUGCCGCUGCGAAGGGGAACCGCGCCACUGCGGAGAUUCUCCUGGAUGCUGGAGCCCCUGCUGCAAAUGCCCCACUCCACAGCUGGGUGGGUCAUGCUGACGUUGGCAUGGUUCGGCACCUUGCCGAGAAGCGUGCGAAUGUAAACCUCGCACAGGGUGAUGAUGGCGAGACGCCGCUCACACGUGCAUCGCGUCUCAGUCCCGAGGAAUCUGCAGAGCAACUUGUGCAACUACUAUGUGACCUCCGUGCAGAUGUCAACCAACCUACCAGUAAGGCCCUCACACCUCUAGCGGCUGCAAGCCGCGCCGGUGCUGCCAAGGUGGUGCGAAGACUUCUGGAAUGCAAAGCAUCCGUGCAACCAGAGGGAUCGUCCAUCUCUCCCCUUGUCGCCGCAUCCACGGCAGGGAGCGUGCUGGCUGCCGGCCUUCUUCUGGAGGCCAAAGCUGUUCCCGAGACGGCGGAUGCGGCCGGCCGCCGACCGCUGGGCUGCGCUGCUGCCACUGGCAACCUCAAGCUGUGCCGUUUGCUUCUGGGGACCAGGGCCGACCCGAACCAGCGCAGCCGUGCAGGCGAAACGUCCCAAGGCCCCGGAGCGGCCGCCCUGGCCAUUGCUGUUUCUGCUGGGCACAAAGCCCUUGUGGAGGAGCUGUUGGCUGCGAGGGCCGAUCCAGAAGAAGUCAGCGAGCGCGGGCAGAGUCCGCUGAUGCUGGCUGCUGCCCUGAGCCGACGCGAUCUCUGUGAAGAGUUGCUGGCGGCAUCUGCUCAGCCCGAUGGCAUCGAUCCGGAGGGGAAGUCGGCUUUGGUGCUGGCCGCGGGCGCAGGUUGCCUCCCGGUAUGCGAGGUCUUGCUCGAAGCUCGUGCAGAUCUCGCGCAGCGUACCGUGGCUGGCGCAUGUGCACUGGAUUCCGCUGCGGCAAACGGCCACCAGGUGCUCUUGGAUGCACGUGCCGAUCUUGCUUCCGUAGGACCUGCCGGACGGACUCCUGCCGAAGUUGCUGACUUCGCAGGGCAUGCUUCCCUGGCAGAAAUGCUGCGAAGAUAA